AUGGAUGACCUUGAGAAAGCAAUAGUAAUCAGCUUCGAAUCCGGCGCUGUGGAUUCGGCGUUACAGUCUCAGGCGGUCACUUAUUGUCAGCAAAUGAAAGAAACUCCAUCAAUUUGCAGUAUAUGUAUCGAAAAGCUCUGGUUCUCUAACCUCGUCCAAGUCCAAUUCUGGUGUUUGCAAACGCUUCAGGACGUUUUACGGGUCAAAUACGGAUCCAUGAGCUUGGACGAGCAGAGCUACGUGAGGAAAUCCGUCUUCUCCAUGGCGUGUUUGGAGGUUGUCGAUAACGAGAACGCGGUGAGGGUUGUGGAAGGACCGCCAUUUGUGAAGAACAAGCUCGCUCAGGUUCUGGUGACUCUGAUCUAUUUCGAGUACCCUUUGAUUUGGUCUUCCGUGUUCGUUGAUUUCAUGCGUCACCUGAGCAAAGGCGGCGUUGUGAUCGACAUGUUUUGCCGGGUUCUGAAUGCGUUGGAUGAUGAGUUGAUUAGCUUGGAUUACCCUCGAACGCCUGAGGAGAUCUCUGUGGCUGCUCGUGUCAAGGACGCGAUGAGGCAGCAAUGUGUGCCUCAGAUUGCUCGAGCUUGGUAUGACAUUGUGUCGCUGUACAGGAAUUCGGAUCCUGAGCUCUCUGCUACUGUGUUGGAUUGUAUGAGGAGAUUCGUCUCUUGGAUUGAUAUUGGUUUGGUGGCGAAUGAUGCGUUUGUUCCGCUACUGUUUGAGUUGAUUCUCUCUGAUGGAUUGUCUGAUCAAGUCCGUGGUGCAGCGGCUGGGUGCGUUUUGGCUAUGGUGUCUAAGCGGAUGGAUCCGCAGUCAAAGCUUCCCCUUUUGCAGACGCUUCAGAUAAGCCGUGUUUUUGGUUUGGUAUCGGAUGAUGUUGAUUCGGAGCUGGUGUCGAAAGUGUCUGCCUUGCUUACUGGCUAUGCUGUUGAGGUGUUAGAGUGCCAUAAGCGGUUGAAUUCGGAGGAGACGAAAGCACUCUCCAUGGAUUUGCUGAAUGAAGUUCUGCCAUCGGUUUUUUUUGUUAUGCGGAACUGUGAGGUUGAUUCUACUUUUAGCAUUGUUCAGUUUCUUCUUGGUUACGUUUCGACUCUUAAAGGUUUACCUGCGUUGAAGGAGAAGCAGCUGCUACACAUUACUCAGAUUCUUGAAGUGAUUAGAAUUCAGAUUUGUUAUGAUCCUGUGUAUCGUAAUAACCUUAAUGCGUUGGAUAAGAUUGGGUUGGAAGAGGAAGAUAGAAUGUCCGAGUUUAGAAAAGAUCUGUUUGUGUUGUUACGUACAGUGGGACGUGUUGCUCCUGAGGUUACUCAGCAUUUCAUCCGAAACUCUCUAGCGAAAGCUGUUGAGUCCUCGUCCGAGAGAAAUGUUGAGGAAGUAGAAGCUGCGCUCUCGCUUUUGUAUUCGCUUGGAGAGUCUAUGACGGAGGAGGCAAUGAAAUCAGGGUCUGGAUGCUUGAGUGAAUUGAUUCCGAUGCUCUUGACCACUCAGUUCCCUGGUCACUCUCAUAGACUAGUUGCAUUAGUGUACUUAGAAAACAUAACGAGGUACAUGAAGUUUAUUCAGGAAAAUUCGCAGUACAUUCCCAAUGUUCUUGGUGCUUUCCUUGAUGAAAGGGGUUUGCAUCACCAGAAUGUUCAUGUGAGCCGUAGAGCUUGUUACCUGUUCAUGAGAGUUGUGAAAUUGUUGAAAUCAAAGCUUGUUCCAUACAUUGACAAUAUCCUGCAGAAUCUCCAAGAUACGUUGUCUCAAUUGACGACUAUGAACUUUGCAUCAAGAGAACUGUCGGGAACUGAAGAUGGCAGUCACAUUUUCGAGGCCAUUGGAUUAAUAAUAGGGUUGGAGGAUGUCCCAGCUGAAAAGCAGUCUGAUUACCUGUCUUUACUGCUUACCCCUCUCUGUCAACAGAUUGAGAAUGGACUUGUGGAGGCAAAAGUUGCAAGUUCUGAAGACUUUCCUGUGAAAAUAGCUAAUAUCCAAUUCGCUAUUGUGGCAAUAAAUGCUCUCAGCAAGGGCUUCAGUGAACGUCUUGUUACUGCGAGCCGUCCUCGAAUUGGUCUCAUGUUUAAGCAGACACUAGAUGUGCUUCUAAGGAUUCUGAUUGAGUUUCCAAAGGUUGAGCCUCUGCGGAGUAAGGUCACAUCAUUCAUACACCGUAUGGUUGAUACCCUUGGAUCCUCUGUGUUUCCGUAUCUUCCCAAGGCUUUGGAACAGCUACUUGCAGACAGUGAGCCAAAGGAAAUGGUUGGUUUCUUGGUAUUACUCAAUCAGCUUAUCUGCAAGUUCAACAGUUCUCUCCGUGAAAUACUGGAAGAAGUAUAUCCUGUGGUUGCUGGUAGGAUUUUCAAUGUAAUUCCAAGAGAUGGGUUCCCUUCACGCCCUGGGGCUGUUACUGAGGAAAUGAGGGAAUUGAUAGAGCUUCAAAGGACGCUCUACACAUUUCUCCAUGUGAUAGCUACACACGAUCUCUCUUCUGUAUUCCUUACCCCUAAAAGUAGACCAUACCUAGAUCCGAUGAUGCAGCUGCUUUUGCACACUUCUUGUAAUCACAAGGAUAUUACCGUACGUAAGGCAUGCGUGCAGAUAUUUAUUAGGCUUAUUAAAGAUUGGUGUGCCAAGCCAUAUAGCGAGGAGAAGGUUCCAGGAUUUCAGAAUUUCAUGAUCGAAGCUUUUGCAACAAACUGCUGUUUGUACAGUGUACUCGACAAAUCCUUCGAGUUCAGUGAUGCGAAUACUCACGUCUUGUUCAGUGAAAUCAUCACGGCUCAGAAAGUGAUGUAUGAGAAAUUUGGUAAUGCAUUUCUCAUGCAUCUUAUGUCGAAAACUUUUCCAUCAGCACACUGUCCACAAGAUUUGGCGGAGCAGUAUUGCCAAAAGUUGCAGGGUAAUGAUAUUCGUUGCCUCAAGUCAUACUACCAGUCCCUCAUAGAGAGUCUCAGGCUUCAACAAAACGGGAGUCAUGUCAAUUCUUCUGCGAGCUACCACUGUGAACUCUUUGAGGUUUCUCCCGAUGUAAAUAGGAUUGUCAAUGUCUACUUCAGAGGCAACAAGUUGUAA